CUGAUGGAAGAGAGAGUGGGUAGAGUCAGAAGAGAGGGAGAAAAUAGAGUGAGGGCGCGUGAGGGACAGGGGGCUGAGCGAGAGAACGAGCCAUGUGAGCGAACGGUUGGCAAGCGGUGACAGACUGGCAACGACACUACAGGACAAGCAUGUCGGAGGAGGAAGGGUGUGCAACACGAAACAAACAUAUGCAAAAAUCAAUAGAUAGGUUCAGUUUAGUUUGGCCUCUGAGGACAUUGCAAAUGAGAUUUAAAUACAAACAAGACUAGACAACGGGAUAUAAAAGAGGGGGCGAAAAGCCUUGAACGACAAAUAAAAGAGCUACCGAGGCGCACAUAACAGCCAAAUACGAAGGAAUGCGAGAAAUCUAGGGGAGACCGAUUAGGCCAGCCAAAGCAAUACAUUGUGUCUCAUUUCCUUCACUGCACAUAUACCGCUGAUCCGCUGUGAAGGAUAGUCCUGCAUCCAGCUGGCGGGAGAAAAAAACUAUUUUAAAAGAAGACUUCUGAAGUUCUAAAUCAUAAUAGUAGGUUUGGCGGUGUUUUAAUACCCUUCUCCAACCUUUCUGCCCGGCGAAAACACCACCAACUUCCAAUGGCUUUAGUAAUGGAACCAGUGAGUAAAUGGACUCCGAGCCAAGUGAUGAACUGGAUGAAAGGGCUGGAUGACUGUCUGCUGCAGUACAUCCAGAACUUUGAGCGGGAGAAAGUGACUGGGGAUCAGCUGUUGAGGAUCACCCAUCAGGAGCUGGAGGACCUGGGCGUGUCCCGCAUUGGACACCAGGAGCUCAUUCUGGAGGCAGUGGACCUGCUGUGUGCUCUGAAUUAUGGCUUAGAGACGGAGAACCUGAAGACUCUGUCUCACAGGCUCAACGCUUCGGCCAAGAACCUACAGAACUUCAUUACAGGACGCCGGCGGAGCGGUCAUUACGAGGGUCGGACCUCGCGCAAGCUGCCCAAUGACUUCCUGACGUCUGUGGUGGACCUCAUUGGUGCCGCAAAAAGCCUCCUGGCAUGGCUAGAUAGGUCUCCGUUUGCAGCAGUGGCAGACUACUCUGUGACCAGAAACAAUGUGAUCCAGCUGUGUCUUGAGCUCACCACUAUUGUGCAGCAGGAUUGCACUGUGUAUGAAACAGAAAAUAAGAUUCUGCAUGUGUGCAAGACACUGUCUGGAGUGUGUGACCACAUCAUCUCCCUGUCCUCUGACCCACUGGUGUCCCAGUCUGCACACUUAGAGGUGGUGCAGCUGACCAACAUCAAGCCCACCGAAGGACUGGGCAUGUACAUCAAAUCGACAUACGAUGGACUGCACGUUAUCACCGGCACUACAGAAGGAUCCCCGGCCGACCGCUGUAAGAAGAUUCAUGCAGGGGAUGAGGUCAUCCAAGUCAACCACCAAACUGUGGUGGGCUGGCAGCUGAAAAACCUGGUGAACUCUUUGCGUGGAGACCCCAGUGGUGUAACGUUAACUGUGAAGAAACGCCCUCAGAGCACAUUAACCUCCGCCCCAGCCUUGUUGAAGAACAUGAGGUGGAAGCCCCUCGCCCUGCAGCCAAUCAUCCCACAGAGCCCAACUAGCAGCGUGGCCACACCCUCCAGCACCUUCAGCACCCCUACCAGGCGGGAGAACUCUGCCCUGCAUGACCUUUUCAUCCCCCCUCCCCCAUCAGAACCCUACACUCCCAGGGAUGAAAAGGGAAACCUGCCUGGAGAUGAAAUGUUGCAUCACCAUGGAGGUGUCCCUGUUACUAAGGGCUCCGAGUCUCCCAACUCCUUUUUGGACCAGGAGUGCCGAAAACAGUUCACCCUCGUGGACGAGGACGCAGUGCUGUACUGCUAUGAGUAUGACAAGAGCCAGAGUCCACAAAGAGAUGGCAACCCCACAUAUGGAAGGCUGAGGCCGAUCUCUAUGCCUGUUGAGUACAGUUGGGUGGGAGACUAUGAGGAGACUGCCAAGCUUAGGAGAGAGAGCAGGAGAGACAACUCCCUCCUUCGCUACGCGAGCGAAGACAAGGGGCCCCCAGAAGAGCACCCGACUGGACGCAGUAGCAGGCGGUCCAAGAGGAAGGGCGACAGGGGAGGCAGCCCUGGCCACUACGCCCUGCUGCCCUCCCUUCAGAUGGAGAUGCUGAGACAGGAGUCCUCCUCGACACCCAGCUCCGACUCCUCCUCUCUCUACCACACCUUUCAGCGGUCCUCACUGCUGUCCCGGUCCAAGAAGAACAAAGGGCCCCUGCCCUCCAGCAGUAAGCGCAGGAUCUCCUGCAAGGACCUGGGGCAAGGCGACUGUGAGGGUUGGUUGUGGAAGAAGAGGGAUGCUAGGAGCUACUUCUCUCAGAAGUGGAAGAAGUACUGGUUUGUUCUGAAGGACGCCUGCCUUUACUGGUAUAUUAAUGAGGAGGAUGAGAAGGCUGAGGGCUUCGUCAGCCUCCCAGAGUUCAACAUCGAUCGGGCCAGUGAGUGCCGCAAGAAGUAUGCUUUCAAGGCCUGCCAUCCCAAGAUCAAGAGUUUCUACUUUGCUGCAGAUGGCAUGGAUGACAUGAACAGGUGGCUGAGUCGUCUCAGCAUGGCAGCGGGUGGCUAUGCAGAGCGAGAGCGGGUCAGGCAGGAUCAAGAAUACUGGAGCGAGAGCGACCACGAGGACAACGACACACCCUCUACACCCAAACAAGACAGCCCCCCGCCCCCUUACGACACCUACCCCCACUCCCCCUUGAUGAGCACCGAUAGCCCCUACCUGGAGCCCAAACAUGGCCGCCCCUCCUCUACGGAAACGUACCAGUCCCAUUCGUCCCACGAAGAGUUCCGCUCUCAGCCUCCAGGGGGCAGCGGCAGCUGCAGUGGCUCCCCGGGACGCAACUCGAACAGCCAGCGCCGCUCGUGGCAGGACCUGAUUGAGACCCCGUUGACCAGCUCGGGGCUGCACUACCUGCAGACGCUGCCCCUGCAGGACCCCAGGUUCUUUGAGGUGGGCGGCGGGGUGUCCGCGGAGUGCCGGCGCCAGUCCACCCUCCCGGCGCAGCGCAGCUUGCUGCAGGACCGCUACGGCCCUCUCCUUGUGGCACAGGGGGAGAGAGUGCGGGAGCUGGUGGGGACCGGCGAAAAACCGCGCAGCUUCACCCUGCCUCGUGACGGGGGCCUUCAUGCCCUGCUCGCCCCAUCUGCCAGCACUGCCACAAAUCAGAACCCGCACAGGUACCAGCUGGGACAGAGCCAUGACAGGGACAGAGGCAUUGAGCGAGAAGACAGGCAGCACGCAGACUCCCUACAGGACCUGUACCGGGCGCUGGAACGGGUGAGCCUGUCACCCGUGGGCGAGCGCAGGCUCUCUACCAAACUGGAGUACAAGCGUUCCUUCACGCGACGCUGCAACAACGCACAGCUCAAUGACAAGCUUCACCGCCUGCAAAUCCUGCAGAGCGCGCUCAAGGACGUACAGCUCUCUGACACAAAGCCACCAUCAAGAUACUGAGAUUAGCCUGUGGGAAAUAUCAGAGGAACAUGGCUUCAGAAGAGUGAACCCACACUGCCGGUUCUUCAUCAUUCUGCCCCAGAGGGAGAAGUCUUGAUGGAAAAACACAGAGAGACAUGCUGAUACUGUGCUGUCGGUACCUGGACUAAAAGCCCAUCUGCCCUGCACAGAGGCAUUGUGCUCUGAGACUUCCCCAUCUCACAAACACACAAUCAUUGACAUGGCAGUGAGGAUGGAUCUAGUUUCAUAACAGAAUAAGAUCCUCUGUACUGUGUGUGAAUACUGCAUGUCCCCAUGCCUGGCAGGUCUCUCACCUGACUGAAUGAAACACGCCUGCUCUUUGGUCUUUGUAGCUCACACUCAUAAAGACAGCCGAUAAAAAGUGCUUUGGUACAAUUAUAUGGAGGCCACUUCUUGCCUGAGAUCACCUGAUACACUAACCCCUUGAUCAGAUUGCCAGUAUGACACCUGAACAAUAAACUGCCCACAAGAUUCCACCUCAGCUCUUUUUCAGUGCAUGUCUGACCCCUACAGUGCCUUCAGAAAAUACCACUGAAAACAUGUCUUUCCUUUUUAAACAAGUGUUUCGGAGAUCAUAGAUCUGAUGAGUCUUACGUGGAGACCCAACAUGUUAUAUUGGAUCACUCCAGAAAACCAUUUGUAUGGUUACAAGAACCCACAAAGCUUCCUAGUUCAUGUUUUAAACCAUUCAUAAAGCACUGACCUUUCCAAUCAGGAGAAAUACACAGAGGUGAAUUAUGGACCAUACGGUGUGAAGGUCAUCACUUACUGCAGAAGAGGCAAGCGAUGUUGCACCAAGUUCAACCAAUGAGAGACCCAAGAACUUUCCCAUUCCCUUGGUGGUGCUGCGGUGACUGUGAAAGGGUCAAAGAGAGACUUUGCCCGAUUUAACUCCACAGUCCAUCUGAACGGACCCUUGCUCAAUCUCAGUCUCCCAGUGCAGUCUGAUGAAUGCAAACCUCUUCUCUUUCAAGAGCAGUACAUCAGGAAAGACCCCAUCACUUUGACCUGCUAUCAAUGUGCACACAACAUUUUUCAUUCCAAACAUAAAGUUAUGAUGUGACAAGCUUUCAGGGGCCUCUAAUGGACAAUGUAUGAUGACACUUCCAAAGCCUUUAUUACCUUGGCAAUUGACAACUAGCAGUGUACAAGUUGACACUGUUGCAGGUUAUCAGAGUUAAGAAAGCAAUUCUGCCAUCUGUCUCUAUGUUCCUCUUUGUGAGAAUAAUUCUGAAGAGGGGGCCUUGUGGCAUCAGACAUUGGAAUCACUUAAUCUACUUAUGAAUAUUUACACUGCAAUUAAAUAUGUAUAGUGCAGUAUAUGUGUAUACAGUCCUUUUGUUAAUACAGA